UUUGUGGAGAUAAAACAUCAGCGUUGCAGAGCAAGCACAGUUAGAGGUGGAGUUGCGUUGCUGUUAACCAAUCAGAGGUGACAUGUCCAAAUAUCAGGAAAUACGACUAAAAUCCUUUUGUCUGAAGCUACUUUCUCCUCCAGAUGACUUUUACGACCUGAAACAAGAGCAUGUGAACUUUUCCCCAGAGAUUGACUUACAAGGCAUACAUUCUUACAAGAAACCACUGCCAAUGCAUUACAAAAAUGAGUUGACCUAUAAUUUAAUUUUCAUCAAGAUUGAAACAUGUAUUUUUGUAUCUGUUAGAUAAAAUAAUUGACAUUUUAUUAAAUUAAUCAAACAUAUGUUUAGACACACAAUCAGAAAUUUCAUAAAGCAAGUAAAUCACAUUCAAGUACCUUCUGUUUUUGGUAAAAGCAGAGAUUAAACAAACACAAUGAGCCUCAUAGGCCUAUUCACCUGUCAGUCAUGCCAUGAGCAAUAUCACUGGUAGAGGAGAAAAAAUAAUUAAAAAAAAUACUAAUGAGCCCCUCUGGCUUGGUUGAGGUAACUGUUAUAUACUGCAGGGAGUUUAGGGAUAUUACAGUUAGGAUUUACAUAGUGAACAAUAAGGUCAGAAACUAUGCUGCUUGUAUGCCAUCUACUGUUAUUUUUGCUUUCAAAUAUGAAAGGAGGGAAAUCUGUGUGUCAAACAUAUGGAACUGAAAAAUUAUCUCAGUUUUCUAAGGAGGGCGACAUCAUCAUUGGAGGCAUUUUGCCCUUCCACCAAUAUCCAGUCAUGCUUAAUCAAACCUUCAGAGUCAACCCAGGAGCAAUCCAGUGUGAUGGACUGGAAAUAAGUGAGCUUCAGUAUGCCCACACGAUGAUGUUUGUGAUAGAGGAAAUCAACAACAGCUCGGAGCUGCUUCCCAACGUGACGCUCGGAUACAGGAUCUUUGAUUCAUGCCCCAACACCCCUCUUUCCAUCAAAGCGUCGUUAAAUCUGAUGAAUGCCUUUCGAAGCACAGAUGGGUUUUGUGACAAACUCUCCAGUGUGCAUGCUGUCAUUGGGGAAACGACUUCCACCUCAACGAUAGGUAUUGCACGAACAAUGGGGCCCUUUCAUAUACCUGUGAUCAGUCAUUCAGCCACGUGUGCAUGCCUCAGCAACAGACAAGAGUACCCUUCGUUCUUCAGAACCAUACCUAGCGACGUAUAUCAAAGCACAGCACUAGCAAAGCUUGUGAAACAUUUUGGCUGGACCUGGGUGGGAGCUGUCAGGUCUAACAGUGAUUACGGAAAUGAUGGCAUGGCUGUUUUCUUGGAAGCAGCAAAAAAAGAAGGUGUAUGUGUCGAAUAUUCAGUGGCUGUUGACCGAACCAAUUCCAAAAAGUGGUUUCUAGAAGUGGUGGAUGUUAUAAAACAGUCCACUUCUAAGGUAAUAGUUGCGUUUGCUGAUGGCCCAGACCUUGAUAUACUCAUCAAAGAGCUUCAUGCUCAGAACGUUACGGGCCUGCAGUGGGUAGGAAGUGAGGGGUGGAUAACAUAUCGUUACUUUGCCACUGACGUUCACUAUGCCAUUGUUAAAGGAGCUGUGUGCUUUGCAUCCAUGAAUGCCCACAUCCCUGGGCUGAAGGAGUUUCUAGCUAACAGCAGGCCUUCCACCACACCGGGUAAUCAGGGACUUGUCAAGCUAUGGGAGACUCUAUUUCGAUGCACGUUCCCUCCCCAAACAAACAUGAAUGUGAAGGAUCGUGUUGCAGCCUGCAGUGGGAAAGAGACUCUGUGGGAUGUAAACACACAAUUUACUGAUGUAUCAGAUGCCAGCUUGAUGAAUAAUGUCUACAAGGCCACAUAUGCUGUCGCUCACGCUCUGGAGAUGCUGUUUAGUUGUGAAGAUGGACAGGGGCCUUUUGAGAACAGUACAUGUGCUGAUAAGGAAAAAGUGCAGCCAUGGGAGGUGCUCCAUUACCUAACACAAGUAAAUUUUACCACAAAAACUGGUGAAAGGGUGUUCUUUGAUGAGUCUGGUGGUCCAGUGGCACACUAUGCACUCAUUAACUGCCGGAAGGAUCAAACUGGGUACAUACAAUUCAAAACUAUAGGUCACUAUGAUGCUUCUCAGCCAGAAGGUCACCAGUUUCAGAUGAAUGAAGAGGUACAGCCUGUCUGGGCCGAUGAAAAUACUGAGGUGCCAAGAUCUGUUUGCAGUGAGAGCUGUUUACCAGGGACUCGCCGGGCUUUCAUUAAGGGAAAACCUAUCUGCUGCUUUGAUUGCAUUACCUGUGCUGAUGGGGAGUUCAGCAACAGCACAAGUGAGACAGCAGGAUUCCUAGUCUUUGGCCUUGUGCUCAUUGUGUUUCUGCUGGGUAGAAUCACUGCCAGCAGUUUACUGGUUUAUCUGAAGAUGUCCACCAUGUGCAGCUUAAAUGUAUUUAUGCUUUCAGAUGCAGUGAAAUGUGACACAUGUCCUCCUGAUUACAAAUCCAAUUUGGAGAGGACUGAUUGUGAAAUGAAAGCUAUUGAGUUCCUCACCUUCACAGAAUUCAUGGGAAUGCUGUUUGUGAGCCUCUCUGUCUUUGGUGCUUGCUUGGCGGCGGCCGUGGCCUUGAUAUUUUUCCUCUUCAGACAAACUCCGAUAGUCAGAGCAAACAACUCAGAACUGAGUUUCCUGCUGCUGUUCUCCCUGAGUCUCUGUUUUCUCUGCUCCCUGACCUUCAUCGGUCGACCUUCUGAGUGGUCCUGCAAGCUGCGACACACAGCUUUUGGCAUCAUCUUCGUCCUCUGCAUGUCCUGUGUUCUGGGGAAGACAACAGUGGUUUUGAUGGCCUUCAGGGCUACAUUACCUGGCAGUAAUGUGAUGAAGUGGUUUGGACCCACAAAGCAGAGACUCAGUGUUGUAGCUUUCACUCUUGUGCAGCUUUUAAUUUGCACACUUUGGCUAACAGUCAGCCCUCCAUUUCCAUACAAAAAUUCUAAAUAUUACACAGAAAAGAUUAUUCUAGAAUGUGCUCUGGGAUCAGCUGCAGGGUUCUGGGCUGUGCUGGGAUACAUCGGGGUUUUAGCUCUGUUGUGUUUUGGACUUGCGUUUUUGGCACGAAAGCUCCCGGACAACUUUAACGAGGCGAAGUUUAUCACUUUCAGCAUGUUGAUAUUCUGUGCCGUGUGGAUCUCCUUCAUCCCAGCUUAUGUCAGCUCUCCUGGAAAAUUCAGUGUGGCUGUGGAGAUUUUUGCUAUUCUGGCUUCCAGUUAUGGACUGCUGUGUUGCAUAUUUUUUCCCAAGUGCUACAUCAUCUUAGUAAAACCUGAGAAAAAUACAAAAAAAUAUAUGAUGAGCAGAGGGACCAUGAGAGCGAUCUGAAAAUGUUCAUAAAACACCAUCAUACAUUUUUAUUAAUGGGUUAUUUAGCCAUGAAUCAAUUUGUUAUGUAUUAAAAUCUAUUUACAGUGUCAGUUUGUCAAAUAUUUGGCUGAUGUCACAUUGUCAUGUUUGUCCUAAUUUUUAUGAAUAAGUGCAUGUAAUCUUCUCUCAUCUACGUUUGAGAAGUGAUAUU